AUGGCCGAAGCGUCCCCGGAGGAGGAACCGACCGGCCAGGCGGAGGCAGCUCCGCUCUCAGAGCCCGAGGCUCCCGGGCCGCCGCCCGCGCCUGCCCUGCGUUGGUUACCGGGGGACCCGAGUCCCCGAGGCCGCUCCCAGAGCGACCUGUCGUCCGCUUCGAGCCGGGGUCGCCCGCUCCGCGUCCACAUCUCCGGCUCAGUUGAUGGACUGGACAAAGCUUCCAUCGCAAACUCAGAUGGCCCCCCAGCAGGUUCCCAGACACCACCCUUCAAGAGAAAGGGGAAACUCUCCACCAUCGGUAAAAUCUUCAAGCCCUGGAAAUGGAGGAAAAAGAAGACGAGCGACAAAUUUAGAGAAACGUCAGCAGUGUUAGAGAGGAAGAUAUCCACCAGACAAAGUAGAGAGGAGCUGAUAAGAAGGGGCGUGCUUAAGGAAUUGCCUGAUCAAGAUGGAGAUGUAACAGUUAACUUUGAAAAUUCAAACGGGCACAUGAUACCCAUCGGAGAGGAAUCUACCCGAGAGGAGAAUGUAGGGAAGGCUGAAGAAGGUAAUGACCAUGUAUCUGAGAAAACACCACCUCGGGAGGAAAAGGCAGAAGAUAAGAAAGACCACACUGAGAGCCACUCUGAGACUCCAGCAGCACCUGCUCUACCUCCUUCCGCUCCUCCUAAGCCUAAACCCAAACCCAAACCCAAACCCCCCAAAUCACCUGUGCCGCCCAAAGGGCCCACUGCCGGAGCCAGCCACAAAGGGAACGAAGUACCUCCCAUUAAAAAACAUGCCAAAGCUCCUGGUAAACAGGCCCCCGUCCCUCCACCCAAGCCGACAAGCCGAAAUACGACCCGAGAGCCUGCUGGUCCUUCUCAUUCAAAAAACCCCACCGGUUCCAAGGCAUCGCCAUCGCCCUCGCCACCUUCUUCCUCCUCCUCUUCUCGCCCCAAAGCUUCCAAGGAGAUAGUUGCUGGCAAAACAGGGUCGGUGGGGACCACCAAAGGCAAGAAAAAAAUUGGCAAGCAGCCAACCACAUCUCAGCUGUCCUUGACCGCCACUGCUUCUGCCACAGCCGACCCGAAAGGAGAGCCUCCCGAGACUGGAGCAGAAAGUCUCGAACCUGAGCAGGCAGUCGCUGGGGCCGCAGAGCUGGAGGCCGCAGGCAAAUCCAAGGCCACAGUCUCUCCGCCACCUUCCCCGCCUGCCUCACCCCUGCCCCUAGAGGGUCAGUGCGCUGUUGCCUCCGACACUCCUGAGGGCCUGGUCAGCGAUGGAGCUGGCCAAUCCGUCUCUGCCUUAGACCCAGUUCAGCUCCUUGGGACUGAAGAACCGACAAGCAGAUCCACUGGCUUAAGCGUGAGCAGAGAGAAUGCAAAAUGUUUUACAACCAAAGACGAGUUGGGGAAGGCAGGACCUCAGCUGCUGACCCCUGAGCUAAUUGGAGAAUCUUCAGAGUCCUUCAGUGCCCCACAGGACGAAGGCCCAAGGGAGUGCCAGGCUAAUGACUCUGACUCUGAUGGGCCCAUCUUGUAUACCGAUGAUGAAGGGGAAGAUGAUGAAGACGAAGAUGGCAGUGGCGAAAGUGCUUUGGCAAGUAAAAUACAUCGAAGGGAUACUCUUGCUAUCAAACUUGGCAACAGACCUUCCAAGAAAGAACUGGAGGACAAAAACAUCUUGCAGCGCACAUCUGAGGAGGAAAGGCAGGAAAUCCGCCAGCAGAUUGGAACCAAGCUCGUCAGGAGACUCAGCCAGAGGCCCACAACUGAAGAAUUAGAGCAAAGAAAUAUCUUAAAACGUGAGUCUAUGAUACUGUACGGUGAUUCCUUAGGUGACCUUAACGUGCUGCCCCACAGACAACCCGUCCGUCAGGAGGGAACCACAGGAUACCAGUUUAUUCAAAACUGGCUGAAGUGGCCCACGUACGUCGUCUCUAUAGAAAAGAAUGAGGAGGAAGAGCAAGAAGCAAAAAUAGAACUUAAACGGAGACUCAGCCGAAAGCUCAGCCUGAGACCCUCAGUGGCGGAGCUGCAAGCUCGAAGGAUCCUGCGGUUUAACGAGUAUGUAGAAGUCACCCAUUCUCCCGACUAUGACCGCCGGGCAGACAAGCCCUGGGCCAGGCUGACUCCUGCAGACAAGGCAGCAAUAAGGAAAGAAUUAAAUGAAUUUAAAAGCACAGAAAUGGAAGUUCAUGAAGAGAGUCGACAGUUUACAAGGUUUCAUCGUCCGUAAGGAAGCAUGGGCUCCUAGAAAACAGAUUGAUCAUCCUUGACAGAAGCUCUGCUCCCUGAAAACCUGAUAUUGCACUGAGAUUUGAAUGUGUGUGUUUCCGUUUCGUUGUGGUGAGGGAGGUGUGUGACUCAGCUUUGUUCCAGAGUGCCUCUCACACGUCCAGCCCACACCGGGCCAACUAGUAGAGGGCAGGAUGCCAUGAGCCUUGCUGCCCAGAAUGUGCACUGAUGGUAAAGGGCACUCUGGUUCAGGAAUUUUAAUCAAAGAAAAGAAGCAGAAGACAAUCUCCGGCUCCCGAUUACCAGAAAGCCAAAUGUGUGUGUUAAAGAAAAUUUUUAAAAAAAUGGAAAUUGGAAUUGCUGGGCAACACACAACAGGGUGAGAUUUGAAAAUCAGAAAGAGAAGUAUUUCGUUAUGUUAAUGAAGAAAAGAAAAAAAAAUCCUGAUGCAUAAAGGUAUUUUUGAAGUAGGAAUUUGAUAGCUGAGAAUGUAAGGGAUGUGGGAACCUAAUCGUUUAAUGUGGAUUCCUUAAAAACUUGAUUCUAGAACAUUCUUGUUUUGCCAUUGAGUUGGUACAGCUUAGUACCAUUAUUUCAUGUUGUGCCAGUGACUCCAGUUGCCAGAAAUAAGUCUGAAUGUUUUCGUGUAUCUUCUUCUCAGACGUAAGAAGCUUCUAGACCAACACUUACCAAGCAUGCUUUCCCAGACUCUCUUGCAUGCUGUAAGUAGCACAGCUACACUCUAGAUGUUGUCUUUUGUUCCUUUCUGAGCGUAUCAACCCUCCACAAAGACAACAGAAUGGGGAAUAAGGUCAGAUGUAUUGAGACCCCGUCACAUUGUUGCAAGCUUUAGGUCACAUCUUCUGGUCUCUUCCUGUCUUGAUGCUCCCCAGAACCAACAACCACAUUUGAUCUCAACCAAGUCAUACUGACGACCAUGACUCCCUUUGACAAACCUGAGUCCAAAUUUACAACUGUAGUGACGUGCAAGUGUAUGCUAUCACUGUUCGUUCUGGGGGGGUUAAAAAUGACUGGUUAUUUCUCACUGCUGCAUUUAAAAAAAAUAGGUUGCUGCUAUUAAAAAAAAAAAAAUCAAGCACUUGGAUUUAAAAAAAAAUACCCUAAGGCUUAAAAACAGAAAAUUCUGCUAAGUUGUGUGUGUGGAAAACCUUGCCUUGUAUAUUAAGUCUGUGGAUCCCAUCCAUAUUACUUUUGAUGCCAGAAAAUCUGUGAGCUGAAAGUCAUGGUUUCCUUAUGAGCCUGACAGCAUUGUUUACAGUAGGAAGCCUCCACUGUGGUGGCAUGUUCUCUGUGGUGUCCCACGCACAGAAUGACUCCUGACCCCCAAUACAUCAACUCACAUGUAAAUACCCCCUUGCCUUACAUUGUGCUUUUGCAGUUGUUCUAUGCCCCUUUUAUUUAAAACCCAUGGAAUUAUAAAAAGAAGGCAAAAUCUAAGACAAGUUUAUAUUACUCUUAGAGCGUGAACUACCAUUUUCUGCAUUGUUUCGGGUUCAGAAUGUUGAACACUGUCCUUCUCAAUUUCAACCCAAAAAGUAAGCCUUAGAUAAAUGUAGACCCUGCCUUUUGUUGCUAUUUUGAAGAACCACUUGAAAUCGGAUGAUUUGCUUAAAAGUAAAAAUUGUUAGCCAGAGCUGGCCUAUUAUAAGAGGCCAGGAGGACCGCUGUGUAACAAGAAGAAACCAUUGACAUUGUCCCUCAUGUGUCCUCAGCUGUCUGCAUUAAUAAAGUCACCUGUAUUCCU